CAACUUAUUGUGCAUACUGUUUGUAUCAUAUACACCACGUUAUUUUUUUAGAUUUUUUUCUGGUCUAUUUGAUAUAUUUUAGUUAUCCUGUUUUACAUUAGUUUUGUGGCCAUCUUAUUAGUUUGAGGUUCCAUUCAUAUUACCACAACUCGGCCACAAAAAGGGGUCGAGCAGUGAUUGUGUUAUGGCUAUGAUAUUGCCAAUAUGUAAGUAAUAUUAUAAAUGCGAAAGUUUGUGAAAAUAUUUGGAUAUUUUUUAGAAUUAAACGAAACGAAAGAAGUAAACGUAGAUACAGCUAAACAGAUCUGGACGAAAUUUGGCACAUGGAUUGACACAGGUUUUUUUUAUGUCGAUAAGUAAAAUCUUCACUAGCUAGAGAGGCACUACAAGAAGAAGAAGUAAUUUUUGCCAUGGGAAAUAAUAUGUGUGUUUUUAAUUUUAUUUAUAAAAAUAGCACUGCCGUCGUACAUGUAUCGCUAUUAAUCACUACAAUGUUUUAGGGAUUCUUGUAGUGGGAGUUCUUGUAAGGCCGAACCACGAGCUAUACAUAGUCUGCGGUAAUAUAAGUGCAAGAAAUGCGUCGCGCGGAGUGACUUAUUGAAUUAUUCAUAUUUUUGGAAAAUUACCGAAUAUUAGGCCGGAUAAUAUUCCACACAAUGAUAUCUAUUAUGCCUAAAUAGGGAAUUAAAUGUAAAAGUGUUUCAAAUUAAUCUUAAGGUGAUAAAAUACCACUAGAAAUUUUAUAGAAAAAUUGUUCAAUCAAUAAGUGCCAUAAAAGUACAUUUAAAUAACAUUUAAAAUUUUCCCGCGUAAAUAAACGAAAACGCUAGAGGCCACGUUGCUGACGUCCAGGCUUGCCAACUUAGGGCUUUUAGCCUUAAAUUUAGGGUUAAAAUAAGGGUAGUGGGCUUUAUUCAGGGUCCAAAAAAAUUUAGGGCUAUUUUUAGAGCCAUAAAAAUGUUUUCUUGUAUUACUGUUUGCCUGAACAAAAAAAGAUUAGAAACGUAAAACAUUUAAGUUUUUCUACAAAGCAUAAUGCAAUAAUUCCAAAUACACCUUACUCACUAUACACGCUUUACGUCUCAGAACAAUGUCAAGCAUUGUUCUGAGACGCUGUAUUAUAAUUCUCUUUGAUCCUCACAACUACAGGCAUGGCUUCGGCCUUUAACUUUUAAUAAAACAGGGAACUUAUUUCAAUUAUAUUCUAAGAUAGGUAUAUACAUUGGGUAUACACUACACCAUACAAAAUUACAUUGACAAUAUAGGGCUUUUCUUGGGGUAUUUGCAUUCAGGGAUAUUUUAUCGUGAUUUUAGGGCAAUUUUUUUUUAGGAGUUGAUAACCCUGCUGACGUCAUCUCGACAGUAAACAUCAAGCAACAAAGCUGUGCACGGAGAAAGAGGAAAUUAUUACAAAAUGAGUUACUAUCCUUAUCAUUGGUGUGUUGUUCCUGAAUGUAAGAAUACUAGUGUAAAAACGCCGAACAAGUUGUGGAUUCAAGUGCCAACUGAUAUAACUAUGAGGAAAACUUGGUUACAACUUGCGAGAAGAGAUCCAAAUGUGUUGUCCGAAAAAUCUCGUCUGUACUUCUGUGAAGAUCACUUUGAUUUGGAAAACGACAUGGAAAACUAUGCGCGAUAUAAAAUAAUGGGUUCACUAAAAAAAAUCAUAAUGAAACCGCAUUGCACACCAUCUAAAUUUGAUUGCCAGGCGGAUAAAAAACGCCAGUGGACUGCAAACGAACCUGAUCUUUCCGGUGUCAAAAGGAAAAAAAGGAUCUAUUUACGGCGAUUGAAAAAGACCUCAUAGAUAAAGAUGACGUCAAAUCAUCAUCUUGUAUUAAAGAUUUACGGGCUGGAGAGAAUAUUCUUUAUCUAAAUAAUAAAUGUGACAAAGCCAUUCAAAUGUCUCUAAUACAGGAGCAUAAGGCAACACAAGUAGUUAAAAUCCGGCAACAUAAAGCAAUACAAAUGUGUCGAAAGCCACAAUACAGAAGUAAACAGGUACAGGCUGGUAUAAAAAAAAAGACAAAAUAACAUCACCAUUAAAGGUUACUGUAUCUGCUGUGACUUCACCCAUGAAAAUACCAAUGGAUAGAGCAAUCAAUCCUUCCUCAUCAUCAACUGUAACACGGAAAUUAGUUUUCACUGAAGAAAACUGUGAAAGUGAUAUAUCAUGUACACCAUCUCUAGUAGGAUCAACAGAUGAUCAUGAAUCCUCUCCAUAUAAGGUACCUAGUUUAUCCAAGACUACUUCAGAUACUAGCUGUGAGCUAGUAUCUGAAGUAGUAGAAGAAUGUAAAAAGGUUCAAAAGUUAAACCUGCAAAGUACUUUAUCAAAAAUUCAAAAUAACCCAAAAUUAUAUAUUGGCCUACCAAAAGAACUGUAUUUCCUAAUUUAUUUAUUAGUAAGUCACACAGGUAUUCCUUUAGAAAAUAUUUUAUUAUGUUUGAUGAAAAUUAAAUUACAUAAAACGUUUUCCCAACUAGCUGAUGAUUUUGAUUUAUCAUUGUCUCAAGCAAGCAAUAUUUUUUUUAAUAAGAUGCCUGAGAUUAUAAAAGUCCUUUCACCAUUUAUUAAACCAUUUUCAACUGAGUCAAUAAAAAAAAAUCUACCAAUAGCUUUUCGACACAAAUAUAACCAGGUAACAUGUAUUAUUGAUUGCUUAGAAAUUGAAAUCCAAAAACCUACAAAGGCCAUCCAUCAAGCUUUAACUUGGUCAGACUAUAAAAAAACAAAUACCAUAAAAUAUCUAAUCUCAUAUACACCUGACGGUCUUGUUAAUUUUGUGUCUAAUGGAUAUGCAGGAAGGAUCAGUGAUGUGAAUUUACUAGAAAACAGUAAGUUUUUGGAAUGCUUGCAACCUGGUGCCUGUAUUUUAGCUGAUAGGGGGUUUAAGCACCUUGAAUUAUAUUUAUCACAAAAAGGAUUUGUUUUGUUGAGACCCCCAAGUGUCCCUACUGGAAUAAAAUUAUCUAAAGCUGAUGUUAAACAGACAAAACAAAUAGCUAGUCUUAGAAUACAUGUGGAAAGAGUUAUUCAAAGACUCAGAGAAUUUGGCAUGUUGAAGCUUCAUUCAGUUGUAAAUAACAAUUUAAUUGGUAUGUUAGAUUUAUGCAUAAGAACAGCAUGUGCCUUAAUAAAUUUGCAGGAUGCUCUCAGUAAAUAGAUAUAACAAUAAAUAUUAUGUUACUA